UCCCUGGCAAAGUCCGGCGAGCCAUCCAAUGACCUGCGGUCCCCGGUGACCAAACACAACAACAACCCGAGCCUGGAGCCGCUGACCAAAAAGCAACGGAAGCUGGUCACGAAAAAUCCUGGCAGCAUCGUGGCUGUAGAGAACGGGGCCAAGUUGGCCAUCAACGAAUGCAAAUUUCAGUUUAAAAAUAGGCGCUGGAAUUGCCCGACCCACUUUGAUGGCCACGGCAGUUCUAUCUUUGGUAAAAUAUUACAGAAAGGUAAGCGAUCAGAGCUUCAUUAAGAUUUCAAGGCUACAAAUUUUUAGGCAGUUGUCACUGAAUCGCAUUGCGACUCCAACUCUUUACAGCUCAAGCAAUACAAUGCGUUUGUACACCUUCAUUAAAAUCAUGUAACAUUAACUUCGCUUUUGUUCGUGGCUGGCAGGCAAAAAUCUUCGGACGGCCAAUUGACCCACUUCCCGUCAACCUACCAUGCUGAGAUUUGGCACAUAGAACCGUCGUCGAUGACAACACAUUCUAUGACAUUUUUUUUUUCCAUUUGUUUUUUCAAGGGGAAGAUGAAGAAAAUAUGAUGGCACGAAUUACAAGAAAUAAAAUUCCCGAUAACUGCGCUAAAUAUUUCUUUUAAUUUUUUUAAAAAGAAUCUCUCUUCUCUCUCUCUCUCUCUCUCUCUCUCUAUAUAUAUAUAUAUAUCUAUAUAUAUAUAUAUAUAUAUAUAUAUAUAUAUAUAUAUAUAUAUAUAUAUAUGAAAUAGUUGGUAAACAUAAAUAUGGAAUGUAUAAGCGGAUGGGUCGUUAUAAUAUUAAUAAAGUUCAGACCCUUGAAAAAAAAAGCUCUGUUGCAAGCCUUGGGGACAAAAAUGUGUGUGUCUGUCUGUGUAGGGCAGGGGGGUGGAUUUACUAAUUGGGAAUCUUAUAAAAUACGUUGCUUUUAUGUAUGUUUGGUCAAAUUUCAGCCCAACCCCCCCCCCCCCCCCUUGCUCCAUAUUACACUGAAUAAAGGAUUUAUACGAACUUUUAUUUGAUCUAGAGGUUGUUUAGGUCUUGUCGAUUAAACAAAAAACAAAAUAAACAAAAAAACUUCAUUUUCAAUGGAUUUACCAAAUAUCUCUAUCGCGCGCUUUUACCAUAGUGAGUCUCUAGCGUCUUCUUCUCUUAGCCAGUGUCUAGCGUCUUCUUCUCUUAGCCAGUGUCUAGCGUCUUCUUCUCUUAGCCAGUGUCUAGCGUCUUCUUCUCUUAGCCAGUGUCUAGCGUCUUCUUCUCUUAGCCAGUGUCUAGCGUCUUCUUCUCUUAGCCAGUGUCUAGCGUCUUCUUCUCUUAGCCAGUGUCUAGCGUCUUCUUCUCUUAGCCAGUGUCUAGCGUCUUCUUCUCUUAGCCAGUGUCUAGCGUCUUCUUUUCUUAGUGGUGCCAUUUCUAAACUUGUCCUCCUGUCAGUGUCGCCAUUUCUAAACUUGUCCUCCUGUCAGUGUCGCCAUUUCUAAAUUUGUCCUCCUGUCAGUGGUGCCAUUUACAAAACUUGUCCUCCUGUCAGUGGUGCCAUUUCUAAACGUUUCCUCCUAAAGUGGUGCCAUUUCGAAACUUUCCCCCUGUCAGUGAUGCCAUUUACUAAACUUGUCCUCCUGUCAGUGAUGUCAUUUCUAAACUUGUCCUGGUGCCAUUUCGAAACUUGUCAGCCUGUCCGCCAAACUCAAAAUUUGGAGAACCGCUGGACUAGACUCAAAUGACAAAUGGAAUCUAGUUCAGUUUUCAAAAAAAGCUCUUACUAAAAAAAAAAUAAUUUUUUUUUUCACAUUCAUUCAAGAUUGCCUUAUAGUAGUAAUAGUUUCAAUCUGAGCCUGGUAGUACAUCUUAAUCCGUUAACGUUUGCCUGGUGUCCAUCACAAUAUUUAUAUGAAACCAAAUUUUUUUUAAAACCCAAACCCCCCCCCCCCCAUACACACGCAAAAUCAUUUCCACACAUCCGUAUAUAACAUAAAUGUUUCAUUUUUCUUUACAUGUUUAUGGUAGUGCGCUGUGGUGCAAGAUGUAGGAAGGACAUUUCUUGUGUGUGUGGGUGUGUAUGUGUGUGUUUGUGUGUGUGUGUGUUUCCAUUCCCCGCAACUGCUGUAGGUGUUACAACACAAUUCGCGGUAAUCUCCCUUUAAUGCGAGCUCUUGUUGUCCCCCCCUUUCCUUUUAAUAAGUCUGAAAAACUCCGUGAUUGAGACAAGAGAUCCUGUGACCAAUUUAUGUGGUAAGGGUUUUCCCGGCACGGCUCAAAGGUGAAACGCUGUUCAGAGUUUAAUUCCCGUCUCUGCAGUUAAUUCCCCUUGUCUUGCAAGUGCCGUCCCGUUUUUGACACCCCCACGGGGUGGGGUGGGGAGUGGGGGCAUUAAAUCGAAGCUGCUGGGGAAACCGCUGGCAGCAUCAUGAACAGUCUAUAGGCGUGAGAAUGGAAACUCGCCAAUUUCAUUCAAUUUCUCACGACAUGAACUUUAAUCUAGUUGUGUUAGGGACACAGGUUGUUGUUUUUUUUUUUUUGUAAAGUGGGGGGUGGGAUUGGCGGUAAAAGGGGGACAUGAAUGGUUGCACUCUCAGGUGAGAUUUCAGGAAUGUUAAAAGGGCCUUUAGUCGUGUUUCUUUUACCUGAGAGAUGCGGGAAACGUUGAAUCAUACACAUCUUAAAGACGUCACAAUAUAGGGUCUCUAAGUUGUUGCACAUCAAAUAACUCUUCAAUGGGCUUAUGUUAAGGAUUGAUACAUUUGUUAAAAUACCCCCACCCCCCCACCCCCCACCCCCGCGCCUUUUUUUUUCUUUUUUUUUUCGUGAUUUAGAAUUUUCAGCCUUUGAAUUUGUAUACGUGACAGGGGCGUCAACUAUGUUUAAAAUAUUGAACCGAAAACACACACACACACAAAAUUGAAACCUGUACAAAAUUCAGAUCCUUGCCAACUUCCCUGAAACCCUGCCAAUGUAAGUCGUCAGCUUUACAUCCCGAAUUGGAACAUUCACAUUCCUUGAUGACCUCCCCCGGGGAAACACUGCAAAUGUGAAUCGUACGGUUUAUAAUGAAAAUUGAACUAUCGCAUCCAUGGCGACGCCCCGUGAAACCACUGCGAAGGCAGUUCGUAAGAUUUUACAUCCAAAGUUGAACUACUCUAACCUUGCUAACAUCUCAGAAACCUUUGGAAUGUAAGAGUCUUAAGAUGUGCAUCCAAAGUUUGAACGUUCUCCUGCUGAACUAGUAAAAUUGCCGGCCAAGAAUUCCAGGCGGAAUCAAAGCUCUCGCCAGCUGUUGGUAAAAUGACCACAUCAAAUAUGACGUUUUUUGUUUGUUUUUUUUGUUUUUUUUUUGGGGGGGGGGGUAUUGUCCGUCCAUGACAUGAGCUGUAUCUUUUUUUAAAGUGUUGGAGAGUAGCCCAAUCCGCCAGCCUCAGUCUCGUCGUCAUGACAUCAACUGUAGGUGCACGUGAGCGGGUAGGAGGUCGUCAUUGACUGAAGCAUACCCCCCCCACAUUAAAGCCAUGCUCAAACUUAUGCUACAUGAACUCUGGGGUGGUGGUCAAUCUUGUUAAUGGGGAUGUACCUGCUGUAUCAUGAUGAGUAUUGAUGGGAUGUCAGUGAUGUAUCAUGAUGAGUAUUGAUUGGGAUGUCAGUGAUGUAUCAUGAUGAGUAUUGAUUGGGAUGUCAGUGAUGUAUCAUGAUGAGUAUUGAUGGGAUGUCAGUGAUGUAUCAUGAUGAGCAUUGAUGGGAUGUCAGUGAUGUAUCAUGAUGAGUAUUAAUGGAAUGUCAGUGAUGUAUCCUGAGUAUUGAUGGAAUGUCAGUGAUGUAUCAUGAUGAGUAUUGAUGUGAUAUCAGUGCUGUGUCAUGAUGAGUAUUGAUGAGAUGUCAGUGCUGUAUCAUGAUGAGUAUUGAUGUGAUGUCAUGAUGAGCAUUGAUGGGAUGUCAGUGCUGUAUCAUGAUGAGUAUUGAUGGGAUGUCAGUCCUCUAUCAUGAUGGGUAUUGAUGGGAUGUCAGUCCUCUAUCAUGAUGGAUAUUGAUGGGAUGUCAGGGCUGUAUCAUGAUGAGUAUUGAUGGGAUGUCAGUCCUCUAUCAUGAUGGGUAUUGAUGGGAUGUCCCUGCUGUAUCAUGAUGAGUAUUGAUGGGACGUCACUAUUGUAUCAUGAUGAGUAUUAGUUAGGGGGUGCCAAACGUUGUUAAUUAACACUCAUUUAUAAGCCCCACGAAUUACAGCCCCCCUCCACCCCCACCACCCCCCACCCCUAAAUUCGCAAAUAAUUCAUCUAGCCCUUAACAUCAACAUCAACUAUUUCAAGUCUGUUCUCGUGAUUAAGUGCAAGCGGCCGACCAGACAGCCGGCAGAUACGACUCGGCGAUAACCGCCUUUGUGAAGGAUUUGAUCGUAAACCCUACACGGUUAGCUAGCUGCCUGCCCUCUGCUCCGAACUGUUCUGUCGUGGCCGCCAUUACGGUGUUUGGUACAGGGCGUUCCUCCUUGUGUUGUGUUCCGUCCAACAGUCACGCCAAAGUGUUUACUGUAUAGAUCUGUUUGUUUUUUUUUCCAAUCCACAAAAGACUUGCCUUUAAGCCUUAAAUGUCUAAAUACUGAGUCAUGAGGCAGAUUACCAUGUGCCUUAAGAAACACAUUCGUGUUUGAUGACGUUCAGCUUUCGUACUUUUAUGUAGAGCUUUUAAUGGAAAACGACAAACACAAGAUACGUUGUUUUUUUAAAGAAGGAAAAAAAAAGUGUUUCCCUUACGAAAUCAAACUUUAGAGUGAAAAUAUUACGAAACCAGACUUUAGUUAAGUGAUAUAGUGAAACCAAACUUUUGUGAAAUUAUAUAUUACAAAAGCAAACGUUAAUGAAGUUAUAUAUUACAAAACCAAACUUUAGUGAAAUUAUAUAUUACAAAACCAAAUUUUAGUUAAAUUAUAUAUUACGAAACCAAACUUUAGUAAAAUUAUAUAUUACAAAACCAAACUUUAGUAAAAUUAUAUAUUACAAAACCAAACUUUAGUAAAAUUAUAUAUAUUACAAAACCAAACUUUAGUAAAAUUAUAUAUUACGAAACCAAACUUUAGUAAAAUUAUAUAUUACAAAACAAAACUUUAGUUAGAUUAAAUAUUACGAAACAAAACUAUAGUUAAAUUAUAUAUUACGAAACCAAACUUUUGUAAAAAAAUUAUAAAAUGCAAAACCAUCUUAAUCUUGGUCUUAGCUCCUAGCAUCCCUGUUUAAAACGCUAGCUAAACAUAUCAGCAUUUUCACGUGCGUCCAUUCAUUAUAUAAUCCAGGUCCCUGCGUGCUGUCUCCCGUCAUUUCUUCACAUGACUUCUUUGUUAGCGGUCUCCAUUGAAGUCAUCACCCAACGCAUUGUGUUAGUCGAAAACUAUGAAAAAGAUUUCUGAAAGAUCUCAUCUGUAUUGGCCUCCCUUCAGUGUUGGCUUUGGUUAUACUGCUGACGUGAUUGGUUCGUAGACCUCACAAUUCUGUCGUCUUCAACACGCGGGCACAUAGAUCUGUGAUACCUGGGCAGGGCCGGCCCUAACAAUUGCGGGGCCCUAUGCGAAACGGAUUGCACGGGGGCCCAGUCUGGGUAGGGAUAAGGAUAAUAAGGGGAAAUUUAGAUUUUUGUAUUAGAAAAUAAAUUCGUCUUUGCAUUUUAUUCAUUCUUUACUAGGUACAAAAAUCACGAUCAAAUUAACUUUACUUUACGAUCCUUGCGUGUAGCGAAGUCUUACAGUAUAUCAUCAAAAUUCUGUUUCCUACAUAGAUAACGCUCAAUAGCAAGAAUUGCAACAAAAAAAAAAUCAAUUUUAUUUACUUGUCGUAAUCACUUGAAACAACGACGUAAUAGAUUAAAAACACUGUAAAAAAAACAUGAAAACAGAAUAAACACGCUGACCUAUACAUGAUUAUAAGUUAUAAUGGUUUAAUUUAAUAAUUUACACCUAGAAUUAGCGCGGGGCAUAGGUUGCAGUGGCCUAAGGCCGGCCCUGUACCUGGGCACUCUUGGUCUAUACCAGUUGUCGGCAAAAUCAUAAGUCACCAGAGCCAAAAAUCAGCAGCAGGACGAAUAAAAAAAAAAUUUGAGAGCCAAAUUUCUUUUCAAGAACCUGUCAAGAAGCAAGUUUUUCGGAGUCAAAACCGAAUUGUGGCCGACACUGGCCGAGCCGCAUUAAGUUCGCUAAAGAGCCGCAUGCGUCUCGAGAGCCGCGAUUCGCUGACCACUGGUCCAUACCGUUUUAUAUGUUUACGCUAAAUCUAGUCCAGAUAAGAGGCAGUACGCCAACAACAUAUUCUUCCACCCUCAUCUCAUUAAUAAGACAUUAAUGACAGACAUUAAUGAGGAAUGGCUGGUCGUCGUUGGUCAGCGGGGAGAAAAGUGUUUUUUUUUACGUUGUGUAAAUGAUGAUGGGAUGUUCGGCAUCUGAAGAUAAAGAGAAAAAAAAAAGUUUUUAGGAAGUUGGUCCGUUUGUUUUCUUCUGACAGAAGGUUACAAUUUCCCUUGCGUCGAUGAUCUUAAAGUUAAUGACAUAAUCGUGGAAAGGAAAAAAAAAAAAGAGAGAGCUUCUUAUUGAUUUUAGUUGAAUGUACUCUUUCCUAACUCCAUAGAGUGUAUCAUUUAAUGGCGGGAAAUCUAUAAAUAGAGCAUUCGGGCUAGCAGUCUGGCAAGUCUCAUUUACGAUAGUAAUAAAACAUCCUGGUAUUCCGUUUGGCCAAGCUCUCAACAGAUUGUUCGGUACUUCGAUAAUGUGAGCCGGCGUUGUGGAUCUUAACCUAGACCAAAAACGUAUUUGUUAUUAUCAUUAUUAUUAUAAGUGGUUUUUUUAAAAAUAGCGUGGUAACUCAGCCUAGGGCUGGGCUCACCACGCUGUACAUACAAUUGAACAAACAUAAUCAAAAACUUUAAAAACAAUUAAUUAACAUACAUUAAUGAAAUAAAGCGAAACAAAUGUGUAUUUAAAGCGAUUUACGUGUCAAGCAUUUUACGAAAGAUUUUUACCAACCAAUUGCUACGGCUAGACCUAUAUAGCCACGAGGAAACACAUAUUUAUAAGUUAUGCUUUGUGAAUAAAAAAUUAUCUAAAAAAUAGCUACAUGACGCAUUGCGACAUGAGGUUUUCCCAUCUUAGAAAUGUCAAAUCCUCAUGCCAGUCUUUACGUCAUUGCAUUUAUUAUGUUAUAUUACAUAUUUAAUAUUAUUAUUAUUAUUAUUGUUUUUUUGUUGUUUUUUUUCGGCUUUCAGGGUGUCGCGAGACAGCUUUCAUCUACGCCAUCACCAGUGCAGCCGUGUCCCACUCCGUGGCGAGGGCGUGCUCCGAGGGCGGGGUCACCACGUGCACCUGCGACACGGAGCCCCACGGGAGACCCACGGGCAGAGACUGGGAGUGGAGCGGAUGCAGCGACAACGCCAAAUUCGGGCACAGGUUCUCUCGAAAGUUCGUGGACGUCCUGGAGAAGGGGAGAGACUUCCGGUUUAUGACUAAUUUG